AAGGAUAUUCUCAGCAAGUGGAUCGAGCUCCGUAAAUUUUUAUUAUUGCCGAGUGGCCGUGCACCACGUGUUUUUGGUGAGGGGGGGUGCUGCUAGCUCCACGGUGAAAGGAGCGCUAGUGCUUUUACCGGACUGCGUGUAACGGCCUCGCGCCACUGCCGAUGCGGCGCCUGCGCCGUUCCCUCCUUCCCCCGUCUGCCGGUCCAACGCCUGCGCCGUUCCGUCCCUCUGCUUGUGUAUCGGUCCUGUGCCGUUCCUUCCCUCCGCGUGUGUGCGUGUCCACCGGCCCUAACUUCUGCCCCGCUUCUCACAGUAGUUGCUGACUUCCGGACGCUAGUUCGCCGGCAUUUCUGCCUGAGUCCCGCGUCAAAUUCCUUCACAUUGUGGAGACCCAUUUUGGUCGCACGUGUUCUUAUCAGACAAUAUGGCGGCCCGGGCUGUUUAAGGAGGGUCAGUUGGUACCGGUGAUGGGAUAUGUUAACGGUGCAGUUGUCUGUUUUCAUAUCCGAGGAAUGGGAACUGGAUAGAUCCACUACAGGCUAUUUGCUCUAACAGCAGCAGAACGUUCACACUGUCUGGUAUUUUCCUUUGGACCCAAGAGCCCAUUGUUGUAAUGGAAGAUGGCUAAAUUGUGCUGACAUAACCUCAAUUGUGAUUUGGCUGUUGUCAGUGGUGAAGAUGGUAAUGGUGGCUAUACUGAACGCUUGGAUAUACCUGUGGAGGAUUAAUUGACAGUAACUGGCAUUGAAGAAAUCUUGCAAUAUUGUUUGCCGAAUAUUGGGUAGAAACUGUGCAAAUGAAGAGCUAUUGAAAAUAUACUCUUUGCUCAUAAAUCUAAACACCUGUUGACCAUUUUUCUUGUGGAUCCUCUGACACAACUGAACUCCACCAUUCUCAUCCACUGAGGUUUCUACUAUUGUAUUGACUAUCUGUCUGCAUUGUUCAUACGUGCAAGUGUUUGAAGAGUUAGCAUUGAGUUAAUUUGUAAUGUUUGUGCCCUUUUGACAUGUAUUGAAAUUGUUUUUCAGUUGUAAUUUUUCAUUGUAAAUAAACCUGUGUAAAGGAUUAACAAUUUACUGAAGACAUGAAUAAAGAGCAUUUGUGAAUUGUUUUAAUACCAAUGAAGAAUUACAAACAUUUGAAAGAGCAUGUGCUGUUAACACCUUUAUUGUAUCAGUUCUAAUCUGUCAUUCUGUUGUUCCUUUGCUGUUCUGCUCAUGCCAUAUCUCAUUCCUUUCUUUCCAAGCACAUGUUGUAGUCCUACAUUCCACUCUGUUCAUCUCUUACAUGCUGCAUUCCACCCUGAACCUUUAACUUGGAAAGCACAUGAGCAGGUUAUAAAGAGACCAGCUAAUUGUAAUAAAGGUUAUUUGAAAAAUACUUUUUUGCAGAAAAAAUGGCAGUACAGAAAACUGAUGAGAGGAAGAAAUGUCAUAAUUUUAGUGAUGAAGACCUUGACACACUCCUCAAAGAGGUGGAGGCAAAGCGACACAGGCUUCUUGGAUAUGAAAAGCGCAGGGCACCUAGAAAAGUUAGCAUCUUGGCAUGGAAGGAGGUUGCAGAAACAGUGACUGCUAACAGCACUAUUCCACGGACUGCGGAGCAAUGUCGCAAGAAACUAAAUGACUUAACACGGUCUGCCAGGAUUAAGAUGGCUCAUAAUGCCCGUGAACGUUUACUAACCAGGGAUGGUGGUGUGGCGUUUCUCAAGGAUCUAAAUGAAUAUGAAGAGAGGGCCAGGCAGCUGGUGGGAAUCUGUAGUUCAGUGUCUGGUAGUCAAGGAGACAUUGGAAUGGGGAGAGGUGCACAGCCAUCUUUGGAUGCAUCAGCUGGAGAUAGUGAGCCAGCAACAGCAGCCAGUGUUGUUGAAAGGAGGCCUGGAGAGGGAACAGAGCCACGGGUGAAAGUGGAGGAAACCGUAAAUGUAAUCGAAUUAAAGGAAGAAGUUGAGUGGCCUCCAGAGGAUCAGGAGGUGGCACACACUGGCUGGGAGGGCAAGCAAAGUGAUACUGUUACUCCAGUUCCCACAUUGCAUCUACAGGAUGCUGAUGUGUCAGGGCUACAAUCCUGGGACAACAUUCAGAUCACCCCGUCUCUGUCUCCUGGCCCUUCUUGCUCUGAACGAGGCACAGCUGGAUGUCCUUCAAGCAGCUAUGAUGCUGAUGCAGUGGGAUCAGGAGGAGGAUAUGUGAUAGACCGGUCUGAAAUGUCGAGUGGGGAGGGUCCAGCAGCUCCAGCAAUUGAUCCAUUGUCCUCAGUGACACGAGGACCACAUCAACCCCCUGUUGACACUUCAGUAGAAGAGGUGGAAGAGCUCUUUGUUACAGGAUUGAGAGACAUACUGGUUGCUCAACAUGACAGGCAGUUAGACUCUCUGGACUUGAUCAGACAGGAGAUGACAGGUCUUUGUCAAGAGGUGAGGGAGUUGAAGACAGGUCUUUGUCAGGAGGUUAGAGACUUAAAAAUGAGCCUUUGUCAGGAGGUGAGGGAGUUGAAGACAAGUCUUUGUCAGCAGCUGUCGCUUUCAAUUCAAAAACUUACUGAUGCAUUGACUGCUACAAAGGAGUUUCAGCAUCAAGAUGCUGCAAGUGACCUCAAUCAGAUAACAAUACAAAAACCUGAGGUUCGUGCAGAUGGUACGGAAGUGACACGAAUGAGCCCAGUAGAACCAUUCUUGACCGCUGUGAAUACUGAAACUGUGCAGUCCCAGGAGUUAGCCGCAACACCUCUGAUAGAUGCGAUUUCAGGGCGGCAGCACUCAGGCAAUGGGCUAUCUGUUUCUGGACGAGUCAUUGGCACCAGAGGGGUCAGGUCACGGGUACGAGGAAGACGCAGGAGGCAUUAGGUGCUGGCUGAGUGGACUGCUUUUUUUUUUUUAAAAUCCAUGUUUGUGAUAGUGACCCCCAGCCACAAAUGGCAGUGCAAAUUUUGUUCUGGGGCAAUGUUAUUUAUUGAGUAAUAUUUAUAAUUUACUGUAUGUUGAAGUCUAUUUUUAUGCAUUAAUGUGAGGUAAUUCUAAACUAUUGUGUUAACAGGAAGCAUUUUAAAGACUAAGCAAAAAUCUUGCACUAAGCAGCUGAAGUUGGUGUUGUUCUGUCUUAACUACCUCAAAUGUUCUGCAAUGAAUCUUUGCUGCUGAAAUAAAAUGUCACUUGUUUUAUUUUA